AUGCGGUCCAUAUGGAUCCAAGCCACUUUGCUGAUAAUAUAUUUGGUAUUGGUGUUCUUAAUAUCUCGGAUAUUGGAUUUGGUGCUGUGGUAUCAACAUGGAAUUUCUUCCACUCAGAUAGUAGAUCCAUUGCUACUUAGUGUUCGUCAGUUAAAACACCUUCUAGAAAAUAGAGGUGUAAGCUAUGCAGGCUAUGUUGAGAAAAAGGAAUUGGCUGAGUUGGUUGAAGCAUCAGCUGUAGUGGUCCAGAGUGAAGUGGAAGAAUUGGGUCAUGUUCAUGGUGUUACUGGAACAGAUAAGUCUGCUAGGGAACGGCUUACAGCACCCUCACCUCCAUCUCAUUUCACAGGUGGUCCUCAUUUCUAUGAAGAAGUAGAGGAUACAAAGGAUAGUGUAUGGUUGGUACAGGUUGUGCCGACUGGUGGACCCCAUGUAGAACCACUGCUUGAUGAUUACAGUUGGCAUAUUGUCUGCAGUCAGGUUGCACCCUUUGCUAUAAGGACUGGUGUUUUUGACUGCAGACUGGAUAGACGGCUUUGUAGUAGUAAAGGCUGGCACCAUCCUCUGUUGUUACUAGCAUUGCCAAAGGGAACAAGAGCGAAAGAUAGAGUUAUCCUCAAAACUUUCACUUCCACACGACCACAAUCAAUUGUAGAAUGGGUUCGAGAUCAGUUGUCCAUCCGUGUCAAGAAUAUCCAUGACAUAGAUGAGCUGAAUCGAGAUUGGCUCCAAGAUGAAUCAGCAGGGAACAAUGCCACUUCUGCCUCAAGUAGUGGCAGCAGCAGUGAUGUAAAAGUUUUGUUAUUGACUCAUCUACUUCAUCCACCACUUUUCCUGGCAGCACUUAGUAUUAAAUUUACUGGUCGCAUCAAGUUUGGGAUGUUUUCUUUAAAGAAAGAAGAUUCUGAGGCAGUACGGAAAAAACUCAAACUCCUUGAUCAUCAGAUUCCCAGCUAUUUAAUUGUAACACCAGAACGAAAAGUUGUAUAUGGUCAACGGAGAUUUGAACAUUUUAACUUUGCUUCAAUGAAUUUGUUCCUUCGAGCUGUUCAGCCGGAAAUGAAUGAUGUUUUUCUGUGCAGUUUGGUUCUUGUCAACAUGCUUGUCAGCCUGCAGAUAUUUCAGGUUUCUUUUCGAUUUUGGUGGAAAUGUGUGGCACGAUGCCUGUGGACAGCUGUCAGCUACAACUUCUGGCUUUUCUCAGUAUGGCUGUUAAUAUUAGCCACUUACAGAUUCUCUCUUGUCAGCUUCUUAGCUGACAAAGGACUCAUUUUGGUGCGGUACAUGAGCCUUACUGAAAUUGGCUCUAUGCUCCGAGCAGACUGGCAGAUUCUAACCCAGCAUCCUUACAUGUUAUUUUUCACAUUCUUUGUCUAUGGGUUUAUGGCUACAUGGCUUUUAUGGCAGCACUGUCAUGAUGAAACAGAAAUUGAGAGGGAAUCCAAUCACCCAUGGUGGGAAGUAUUGCCUGUGGAUUCAUAUUGGAUCAACUGCUUGUUUCGUCCCAUGGUCACACUUACACGACCUCUACUGCCCAGUGAAUUGGAACUAGAUGAAAGCAUUGAAAUGCUAAUUGAUCGUCUAGCUGUUCCAAACUUUUGGUUACAACCUGUCAUCCCCAAUGACUACGUUAAAGAUUUACCUGUGUGGAAAUUUAGAGGCUGGGAUAAUUCAGCCCUAAAAAUUAAUGGAAAGCAUAUUAAUAAGACGGACAAUUCGCCUGAAGUUGUGGAACGAAUGAUGGAUGGAGAAGACCCUUAUGAAAUGCCAUGUCAGAAUUGUGCAGUUCAUUGUUGUGGCUGCGCCUCAGAAAGAGUGAAAUACCGACACCUCGAAUCAAGUCAUAGCAGUCAAAAGAAGAAUGAUGCCUAUUCUACACAGCUCCACCAAAGGAACGUUGAGCAAAGUCAAAAUUGCUGUGCCUGUAGUAGAGUGGGGAUGAGACGAGUAACCUGCCAGCUGGGAUGCUUCCAACAACAGAGUGUGCUGUCUGUCUUGAGUCAUACCGAUGGGGAACCAUUCUCUGUGGCUUGCCAUGUGGCCACAACUAUCACCAAUGCUGCAUUAUGGAAUGGCUUGGCAGAGAUAAUCAUCACUGCCCAGUCUGUCGUUGGCCAGCGUACAAAUCCAAACAUGGUCUUUCUCACCUGCAUGGAGAAUAACUUGCUCUAG